AUGUAUUCACCAAAACGAAAGUUAUCUUGCGAAGAACAAUUAAAUAAUGAUAAACAAGGCAAUAUAUCAUCAAAUGUCAAUAAUAGUUAUUCAGACGUCGAUUCACCUGCACCUAGUUAUGCACUUAUUGAAGCAGAUUCAAAUGAAUUAGAACAAAUUAUUGAUUUACUUCGACAAUUUUUUCCAAAAACAAAAAUUCAUGAUUAUAAUCAUUCAUUACAAACAACUAAAUUACGAGAACAACAACAACAAGUACAAACAUCUAUUACAAAAAAUUUUGCGUCUCAAUUUUUAAUACCUUCAUUCGAUAGUGAUAGUAAUAAUGAACAAGUGUCAUCAAAUUCAAAUUCACAAAUAUUCAAAGGUAAAGUAAAAAAUUAUUUACAACGUCGUUAUUUACAACAAACUGGUGAAAAUCAAUCUGAUAAAGAAUUCUUCACAAAAUCUCCUAGUGAUUAUAGUCAUUCAUUGAAUUUAUCAUCAUCAUCAUCAUCUUCAACAAUUAAUAAGCCUUCAAAAACUUUUAAAUCUCAUUCAUUUGAUUCAUCAUCAGUUUUACCAAAAGAUCAAAUUAAAAUCGAACGUUCACCAAGUAAACGAGGUUUACUACAACAUUAUACAACUAUUGAUCUAGAUGAUACAUCAAAUGAUGCACAAAAAAUUAAAUUUAGUAUUGAUCAACCUGAUGAUGAUGAUAAUGAAGAGGAAAUAGAAGACGAAGAAGAUGAAGGAAAAUCCUCUUCACAUUCAUCUACCAACAAACAAACAGAUAAUAAAAAAAAUCAUUUUCUUCUACCAUAUCAUCAUUCUUUUGAAUAUGAACAAAAUCUAAAAACAUCACCCUAUCCUAGUGGAAUGCAAUUACCACUUACACCUUAUUCAAUAUCAAGUGAUCCUGGUCCAUAUCAUUCACCAUGGUUUAAUACCCCAACUUCUCCUAUGAAUUUUCGUUUUCCUCAAACUCAAGAACAACUUCAUGUUAAUGCACAAGGAACUAUUGCUCAAUUAUCAUCAUUAACAAAAAUGUUAUGUGAUGAACCAAGUGUUUUUACACCCAUUAGUCCAAGAUUCAAAACAGAGAAAUGUUAUUCACAUACUUCUAGAGAUUCAUCAGUAGUCCCGCCUUGUCAGAUUUGUCGACAAGAAUUUAAUUCACAUCAAAUGUACUUAACUCAUUAUCGUACUCAUCUUGAGGGUUCAAGUGAAAAUAACCAAUCAGAUAUUUUUGAUUCCGAUAUAAAUUGUGAUCGUUCAAGUGAUUUACGCAAUUAUGUAUGUAAAAUAUGUUCAAAACGUUUUUCUCGAAGUGAUAUGUUAAAUCGACAUUUACGUUCACAUUCUGGUAUACGUCCUUAUCGUUGUACAAUGUGUAAUACAUAUUUUUCACGUAGUGAUCAUUUAUCAACUCAUUUACGUACACAUACAGGUGAAAAACCUUAUACAUGUCCACAAUGUUCAUAUACAGCAUGUCGACGAGAUAUGAUAACAAGACAUUUAAAAAUUCAUAUGAAACAGCAACGAUCAGAAAGAAAAAAUGCUACAUCAUCCUUUGCUUUAAGUAACGAAUUUUAA